UAUAAUUUUGAUUGUAUGUACACUUGAAGUCGUUCUUGUUUGAUAAGACGAAUGGAUUUAUGAAGUGUGAUGGCUUUCCUGGAAUAGUUACUAUUUACAGAACACGUAUUAUUUCACUAGAGUAUUUCCUUUAAGAUAACGUUCCGGCAAACACGACUAGUGUUUAUUGAAUUUAUUGAGUUGACUAGUUUAUUGAGUCUGGUUACUUCCAGUAGCAGACAAGUAAUGAUGAUUAUUGAAAAGAUCACAGUUUCAAUAAGGUGUCUACUUAUUGCUAAAAAAAAUCUAUUGAGUUGGGCAUUUGUAUUCAUUUAUGAUGAAAUGUUUGGCAACGAAGAGCGUGCGUUAACCGAAUCGGUAUUUACCGACCACCAAAAGAAAAAAACUUUGCGUUUUUUUUUUUAUUCAAACCCAGCGGGCAGUUCAGAACUACAACGUUAAUGAAUGAUUAUAUCGAAGUUUUUCACGCAAACGCUCACAAGCAUCUUGUUUUGCCAAGAAAUAUCAGUUUCUAGCAGUUGACGUUUGAAAGGGGUCGUUGAGGCAGUUAUGCCCAAUUUUAGAAUUUUUACAAUAUGUCCCAUGUUCAUAAUAGAAAAACAUUUUAUAUAUUAUCAGGAGAAUAAAACAAUUGUUCUCGUGCGACUUUAAACUCUAUAUCUCUGAUCUUCUAUAAGAAUAUAGCAUUAUGGUAUCGCAAGCUCCGUAGCAAACGUUACGAUACCUGACGGUACUGUGUACAAACACUUCGGGUGAAACGUAUUUUCAGAAGCUUCUUUCAAAGAGACAUGCUGACAACUGGGGAGCCAUUGCACAGCUUGGACUAUUUUACGAAAAAAAACAUAACAUACGCUUGACGGCUGUAGGCUCACUAAAUGAAGGUCCACAUAGGUUCAUCAAAGGAUGACGAACGGCCAGACGACUGGUAGCAGUAGAUACGGUUCAACGAUGGCCCCUGCAUCACUAUAAUCAGACUCUGUAUAAUUGAUAGUGUACAGAAUAUAUUUUUUAAGAUGUUAGAUAGAGUAGGCCAUCCUAAACUAAUAGACAAUUAGAUCUGCCCUAGUAUCGAGGAGCGCUCACCUAACUAUUUCGAUGACAAGAUUUUUUAUGCUGAAAUUGAUAAUAGUUUUAGUACUAACAGUAGCUAUGGCGGUACUCAGCGUUCCAGUGACACCUUAGAGCCCCUGGCUUGAACCAAUCUUUUCUUUUCUUUUCUUUUUUAAAUUCAAGCUUCGAUAUAAAAGCUGAGAUUUUUCCCUUCCACCUAGAGUUAUAUGGUCCCUUUGACACACCGGCAGAACCUUGUAGAUGGACGUAGGUAACAUGUCUCAAUGAUGUGAGCAGUGCGACAUGAUGAUUUCUGUUCGUAAAUAUGUUGUCAUUUGCUUAAAGGACAGACAUCAAUGUACGUUAAACGGAUAUUUUAUUCUUGUGACCAUAUUUGUGUGGGACCUUAGUGUCGUUGGAUUUUAAUAAAUCUGUAACUCUGCUUUGUAGUAGCAGUUUGCGUUGUUUUAUCAUUGCCAAAUCUCAAAUCAUUUUAAUAUCAAUAUUUUUAAAAGUUUACCCUUACUUGAGAUUGCUCGAGACGAUAUUUUUCUUCAAGUAUUUGUUAUGAGGGGGACGCAAAUAGUGCUGCUUUCUGCGUGAAAGCGUUAGUAUCCUCCUGCCUUUUAUAAGCCGGCGUACCAUAAAACAAGCGCAACUAAUACGGUUAUUCAAUCGAAUGCCAACGCGCUUAGCACCGUGCAGCUCACCCCGACCUCUGAUCGCAGUCGACGCUAAGCGGCAACAGCGAGUCCACUCAGAUUUUCUGAUGUUAUGAAACCGGUUUUUGCUUCUUCUGUUUCUGAGUUGUACGCUCUGUCUGCUGUUUUGUUUUCUGCUUUCUGCAAGUCACGGUAUAAAAACACAGAUGCAUUUGUCUACCAAGAGAUUCGCGGAAUGGAAACAUUUUUAAGGUUGCAGAUUCUGAUGUGGCGGAAAGCGAAGAUAUAAACCUUUUGGAAUUGUUAAGUAAAAAGUUGGAACAACGAUAACUUCAUCCGUAUGGCUACUUCAACAAUAUGUAGCAGUGUUUGAAACGAUGUUGCAGUCAGGAAGCAGCGAUUUUUUAUGUUAAAAAAUCUCGGAAAAGAUUCUGUGUGCAGAAAUAGUGUUUUUUUACGGUAGUUUCACCCUUGCGACUAAUGGCUAGCUGGAGAUAGUGGGCUGUAUUUAAAACCAAAUCAUAUGUUGAGAGCUAAAACAUUUUAAUACUUUGGAUUCCGUCUGCUGAAAUGUCACCUAUUGAAAGGUCAAUAAUUUCGUUAUGGCCGAUUGAUUUACCAGUGCUGCAAGCAAAACCCCAUUCUUAUAUACAUGAAAAGGAAUGGCGGCAAUACAUCAGUCCACAUUAUUAGUAUUGGUGAUUAGUCUGCAGUCUGUGAUCCGGGCAGUGGCACAACAACAGCCGACAAUAUCGCACAUCUCACAGGCGAAAACUGUCAACAUAGGGGACACCGUUGAUCUCGACUGCAGUGUACAAUAUGCAUACGAUUUCCCAGUUUUAUGGGUGAAAUUGCACGAUGACAAUCCUGAGAAGUUUAUGUUCAUCUCGUCAGGAUCCACGCAAAUAGUUCCUGAUCAACGUUUUUCUAUUCGGCAUGAUGCGACUACCUCUUCGUAUACUUUACAGGUGACAAAGCUCCAGGAGACGGAUGGCGGGAUCUACCAGUGCAGAGUUAUUCUUUCUCAGACAUCGAUCCUGUCGCAUGAUGUUCGCUUGUUUAUCCGCGUACCGCCGAUCAUUUCAGACAACUCGACCCGUUCAAUUAUCACCUCGACAGGAGCCAACGCAACCCUGGAGUGUUACGCCAAAGGUCAGCCAAAGCCUCGUAUUACGUGGCGACGUGAAAACAACAACCUUCUUCCCACGGGAGGAUCUAUUUACCGAGGUAAUGUACUCCAUAUCUUCAAUGUGAGUAAAGACGACCGUGGUACGUAUUACUGCAUCGCAGACAAUCAGGUCGGCCGAGGAGCCAGAAGGAACAUCGGGGUUGAAGUGGAAUUUGCUCCAUUUGUUCGCGCUGAACGUAGCGACUAUUCGCAAGCCGCUGGUUAUCCUGCAGAACUCGCCUGUCACGUAGAAGCCUACCCGGCGCCCUCAAUCGUCUGGCUUAAGGACGGCUACCAGCUAAACACCAAUCAGCAUUACAAGAUCUCAAUCUCGAAUACGGGUUAUGAAUUCACAGACACUACAUUACGGAUUCACGCUAUCGAGAAAUCGCAGUUUGGAAACUAUAUUUGCAGGGCCAUCAAUAAACUGGGGAGUGCAGACAGGAAAAUGACAUUAGCUGAAAGUGAUUCCGUCGUUUGCCCACCGGCGUGCGAGUCCCAGUAUCUUUCGGCGACGGUGAGGCCAAAAGGAAGCAAAUAUUUCAUCGUCAGCUUCCAAGCGGUUCUGCUUUCACUGCUCACAUUAUUAACCCGACGGAAUUUAUAUUGAGACGCGCAAACAUCAAUCACACGUUCAAGCACGUGUGAAGGCCUAAUCUCAGACGUGUCCAGCUAAAAGUAUCUCACCUUGCGACAAUACAAAAACUAGUAAACUAUUUACUGCCAUGUUGAUAUAUGCAAGACAUAUGUCUCUAGGACAAAGAAAAGCAGCUUCGACGCCGACCCAUGGCAGGAACAUUCUUUAUACAUAACCUAGCAUACAUUUAAACGUAGGAGUACUAUUUAAGAUGUUCGGGGCCACUGUUCUGGUUUGCAAUCAAUGUAGUAGCGUUUCCUACUAUCUAUUAGGAAAUCAUAGCACAUUAAAUAAGAAUACAGAGAAAAAGGCAUAAUAGGAUUUUUCAGGAGUUCAAAAAUGCGAACGACGGAAACAAAUGUGACAUGUAACCCAUAUCUAAAAAAGCGUCACUUUGUACACCGUUUGCGUGCACAAACAAACUUAUUUUCUAGAGGUGGCAAAUCCUUUUCCGUUGGCGCAAAAAUCGUCUGAACGGUUAAACGGUCCAUAUCGGCAUAAAAUGGCAAAUUAGACGCAGUCUUUAGGUUAACUUACAUAGUAAUAUUGCUCGAGUGAACGUUACCCGAGAAAAGAUUCAGUCGCAACGCCAGUUCUGUCUCACAAAAAUUGGAUCCGAUCACUUCUGAUGUCCAAAAAACAAUACCUCAUUGUAUAUAUACCUAAUGAUGCGCGUGAGUUUUACAACUCAAUAUAUGAAUAUGCGCAGCGCGGUAGGGAUAAACAGGGGAGUCAAAGACGUUAACUUAGUUAAGGUCUGUCGUGUGAUCCUGUAACAGUUUUUAAUAAUAAUAGUAAUAACUGAGAUGGGCGAGGUGAUGGGGCUAACAUAAUGAGUCCUGAUAUUUGUAUAUCUCAUCCCAUUGCUGCAGUGUUGAAGAAGAUUUGUGUGCUUCGUAAAACUCGAUAGUUUCUUGAUAUUUAUUUUUUUGAGCUUCGAUUGUGCCACUGCUAUACAGCGUCCUAUAGACGUCAUCUAAGUACAGACACAAAGGUUGACUCCGAACUAAACGCCCACCUAUAGUUGGGACAUGCCGCUGCGUUGCCGCCUUUCGAUAAAUAAGCCAAAAACAUGCUUAUUUUUUGUUUGUUGAAUAAAAUCCGUGUGAUUUUAUAGAAAGGAAAAUUAGAACAGGACCGAAAAAUCAAAUUGUUCAUUUGGCAACUUUAUAUUGAUACGAUGGGACAGUAUUUAAGAUUAAAGUUGUGUUCAGUAGACAAUAGACAGGGUCAAUUAGUUCGAAAACGUCCACGCGAUUAUUAGUGAGAACAAUGAAAAGAACGUGGCAGCAAAACGAGGCAAGAAAUUAACCCAAAUCGCCGUUGUCUGUGUUUUUGACGAGGACACAUGCUGUAUGGAUGAGCGUAACAAGCACAUUAGCGUACUUGAACCUGUGACUUUUUAUACUUUGCAUUGCAGUAUGGCCAUCUCUGAACACCUCUGUGAGCGUCUAUCUAUUAAUUAUCAUCAUUAUAUCUUAUAUGGAGCAAAUCCCUUUCCUUUAUAGACCGUGCGCGUCUGACUCUGCAGAAUGCAAUAUAUAACAUAUUUUUUUACACAAACGUACAUACACAUAUAUAUCUUUUGAGAACGUGCAAUAACGGAAUUUUCUGUGUGUUUUUUGGAUGAUAAAACAUUAUACAUAUAUAUAUAUAUAUAUGCGCGUCUGCUAUUGUGAGCGUACAUGAAUAGGUAUAUAUGUUUAAUAUAUUUUGUUCCCUCAUACGACACGAGGUAGACCAGCCUAACAGCGGCACAAAAAAUCACUACGCGUGCGUGACAAGAAAAUGCUAAAACACAGUACUAUUGAAUAUCCUAUUUUGUCAGAAUUUUUCACGGAAUUUUAAAUGCAUUUCUAGGUUUUUCUCUUUAGCAGGAAUCAAUAUUCUUAAAACUGUCGAUACGUUUUCGACAAACCGUACAUAACACAAAUUGAUGAUAACGAUGGUAACACGGUAGCUUCUUGCAAUUUCGUUCAGGGCUAUCUUUUUGACAAACAAGAGAACGCAUUUUAACACGCUUUGGACGAAACUGGCCGUAUCGUAACGAAGUGUCCGCGGGCGUUUUGCAGUAUUUUUUUUUAAACGUUGAUGAUGUAUGCAUUGGGAGGUGGUAGAUAGAAAUUAGCCUAUUGAUUCCCUGCUAAGCGUUUGCCCAAGAGGCCACUGCCACAGCUGCCGUAGAAGCACCUGUGCAUCACCCUAAUUUUGAAGACCCAUCGACAACACACGCCGGCGAUUUUUGAAGAAAAAAGCGGUAAUCUUUGUAAAAUUAUUUCUGAAAGGUCCAAAUGCAACAUGUUGUUGGUCCGAUAUAGAUAGAACCGGUCGGAUCUUGUGGCCAUAUAUGUAUAUUUAAUAUUUUCCUCACAAUUAGUCUAAUACCGACUUAGCGAAUUGAACAAUGACGGUAUACUAAAUAUAAAUAAUUGUAUCAACAGCCAUUAAGGAGAACGAUGAUAAUCUAGUGGAUUUUGCAAGUUAAAUAAACAUUCGUAGCUAAAAUGGGACA